GUUGGUCAGCUAGCCUCUAGCAGCUAUCCGUUUUGUUGGUCAGCUAGCCUCUAGCAGCUAUCCGUUUUGUUGGUCAGCUAGCCUCUAGCAGCUAUCCGUUUUGUUGGUCAGCUAGCCUCUAGCAGCUCUCCAGACUCUUGAACUGCCACAACAUUUAGGUGAACCCAAACUCAGCUGCAUGACGUUGGUCCAGUGAAUCUAACAAUCUAACAAGCUGGUAAGAAGUUACCAGACCAAGCUGAGAACCCUCAGGAGCUCCAACACCCAGCUAAUGCUAACUGAAAUUAGCUUGUUAGCUGCAGGUGGAGGACUUCAGUCCCUCAAGGUUCCUUCUGUCAGACAAACAUCCAUCUUCUCUGGAAAAUCUUGCUGUUAUUAUUUAGUUAAAAAUAACUCUGUUUUCUUUACACUUCAGUUCUGGAGGUUUGGAAAAUGGGUCGAUGUCGUCAUUGACGAUAAGCUGCCAACAAUCAACGGCCAGUUAAUUUUUGUCCAUUCUAAGAACCCAACUGAGUUCUGGCCCGCUCUGUUGGAGAAGGCCUACGCCAAGGUCUGUGGCUCCUAUUCAGACAUGAAUGCAGGAACUCCAGUGGAGGCCAUGGUGGACUUCACCGGCGGCGUCCACAUGUGUGUGCAGCUGUCUGAGCCACCUGCAGACCUGUGGGAGCUGAUGUGCAGAGCCGGCCAGGCCAAGUCGCUGAUGGGCUGCGGGACUCCACAGGGCGAGACUUCUGCCAACACCGUCUUACCAAAUGGCCUAGUUCAAGGCCACGCCUACGCCGUCACUGGAGUCAGGGAGGUGCUGAGCAGAGCGAAGGCUGAGCGUCUGGUGCGUCUGUGGAACCCCUGGGGCCAAGGAGAGUGGAGCGGAGACUGGAGCGACCGGUCGUCUCUGUGGCAGACGGUGAGUCCUCAGGAUCGUGAAACCUGCCUUUCAGUGUGUGAAGACGGCGAGUUCUGGAUGACUCUGCAGGAUUUCUGCAAGUUUUACUCUGACCUGGACAUCUGCUGCUCGUGUGUGGACUUCCUUGAUGGGAGCUCGUCCUGUCACUGGAAAUCCUCGUUCCACGAAGGCCGUUGGGUCGCAGGGAUCUCAGCUGGAGGCUGCAUGAAUCACCCCGGGACCUUCUGGACCAAUCCGCAGUACCGGGUGGAGGUUGGAGGCUUGCAGGGCGGCUGUGCAGACAGUCAGGGUGAGAACAACAUGCUGGUGUCUCUCAUGCAGAAGCCUGACAAGAGGAACAGGCGGCUGGUCCAGAACCUCCACAUCGGCUUCUCUGUGUUUGAGGUGCCUAAAGAAUACAGGGCCGUGAGGGGGAAAUUCCCAGCCGUUUUCUUCGGCAGAAACAAGCCGGUGGCUCAGAUGGACAGAUACACCGACGCACGGGAGGUGAUGCAGCUGCUGAGCCUGAAGCCCGGAGAGUUCCUGAUCGUCCCAUCCACCUUCAACCCCAACGAGACGGCGUCCUUCAUCCUCACCGUGCUGUCCAAGGCCGAGACACACGUCCAUGAGAGCUCUGGUGGAAACAACCCGGAGCAGACGGAGACAGAGAAGCCCUCUGCUCAGGACAGCACAGCGGAUGAAGACAAUAACAGAACUCUGUUCAGGCAGUUCUCUGACAAGUACGAGGAAGUGGACGCUGAGCAGCUGCAGAGCCUCCUCAACGGCAAAAUCCUGAGAGGUGACCUGAAGUCUGGCGGCUUCAGCACCGACGCCUGCCGCAGCAUGGUUGCCCUCAUGGACACAUCCAUCACUGGGAAGCUGAACAGUGAGGAAUUUGUCAGUUUGUGGAGGAAGAUUGUUACGUACAAGGACAUCUUCUCUCACUGCGACGUCUCUCGGACGGGGACGCUGUCGCUCAGCGAGCUGAGGAAGGCCAUCAUGGCUUCAGGAAAGACGAUCAGUGACGACAUGCUGAACGUCAUGGCUCUGCGCUACGGCGCCUCCUCUGGAUUCAUAACGCUGGAGAACUUCAUCGCUUUGGUCCUUCGCUUUGACCGCAUGUCCCAAAUAUUCAGACAGUUAUCUGAUGGAGCAGCCGUGACUCUUCGAGAACCAGAGUGGAUGUACCUUGUGAUGUACUCCUAACCUGGAAAAGAAGAGCUGAACAGGAAACGAUCAAGCAGAGCCAACGUCUCCACCGACUGCACCACUACGAGACCCUAACGGAGCAUCAGACAGAUUUUAGGCUUCGCUGAACGCGUUUUUUAAACAUUUAUGAAAAUAUAUCCAAAUCAUAUUUACUGAAAACAUGUAACAUGUGAAAGUUUGAUGAAAAUCCUAACUUUCAUUUGAGAACAUUUAUUCACUUAAGAAAAUAAUUCCACAUUAAGAAAUAAAUAUGUUUUAAC